UACUGAUGAAAACCAGAAAAAAUGAUAUUCGAGGAACAGGAAAUGAAACUCAAGCAUAAAGAAGAGGAAGGAAAACAACUAAAGGGAGAAUUUGUUAGCAUCCCAGCCAUUAUACAGUUUUACACUUACAACGCUGCUAAUGCUAAACAGCUUACAUCAUCUGCUGGUCUUUAACUAGUCAGUUAGCCUAGUUCAACACAUUUUAAAUAAAACUAUGACUUCUCUGGCCUUAAACCAGAAGGACUCUCAUGCAAUUGAAUCAGCUGUCAGAAGUGCCAUUGAAAUGGUAGUGAAUGUGCUAUAUAGAGUGAAUAGUGAAAAAAUGCAAGAAUAUCACAAACAUAUGACAGAGAAGCACAAAGAAAACCAAAAACUCCGGAAUGAGGUGAAAGUAGCGGAAAAGGAGUUGGAAAUAAUACGAAGACAUGCCAAGAAUCUAGAAGACUUAUUUAGACAUUCUGAUCGUCCUUAUGACAAUCAAAACCCCAGUGGAAGUUCGAGAAGUACAAGUAGUCCUCAGAGGCUUGUAGUUGAUGGCAAUGAGUCAACCAGCAUGGCUAACUGGCAAUCGCAAGGGUUCAACGACAUGACACCCAUUGCAUCAAUAACAGAGCUCCAGGGAGGUUCCAGCGAUUACCAGAACCCUUCCACCGAUGUCACAGAGGCCCCAGGCUUUUCAAAGAGUGUCCGAGGUUCCCUGUCCCCAUCAUCUGUCCCUCUCCCUACCGUGGUGGUAAAAGAAGAACCAUCUGACAUGGAUGCCGUUUACAUCAAAUGGGAGAUGAGUGAGCAGAGUCUUGAGAGCCAACAUGAGGACCUAGCCCUAAUUGAGGACUCUCUUGAAGGAGAGUGUGGCCUCAGCAAGGAGAAUGGCUCUUUAUCACAGCUCAGUGUGGCGUCUGUGGACAUGGGGAACCCUAGGAGAUACUACUGGAACUCUUCUACACGGCAGAUACAGGAUGAGAUGUCUCCUGCGAUAAAAAAACAGAUUAUGGAUCAGAGAAAGAAAAAGGUACGACAACAGUAUAGUAAAAGGAUGAAAGAGAAAAUCUACACAGACCCCGAGAGACUGCAGGCCUACAGGGAGAGAGAGAGACGCAGGUAUCAUCAGCGCAAGAAGCUGAUAGCAGAUUUACCUGAGGAGACUCAGAGACUGAGGAGGGAGGCUUGGAGGGCGGCUGCCUCUCGCUACCGUGCCCGGAAAACAUCUCAUGGUUUCCAGACAGACCCCACUCAUCCUUGCAACCUCCCCCAGAAUACAGAGCCCCCUGAGGGGACCUGGGGAGGCGGCAGGGCGGGGCCACCGGAGGAGCAGUGGAGGACGGCGUAUGUCGAUCAUUUGCAAGAUCAUGAAACACACUGCAGUUGACCGUGUGUUAUGUACUGUACAUAUUGACCUGUGAAUGCUUGUUGUUUGUCAAGCUGUGUAAACAAUCUCUGCCAACCGUUGACUAAUCGGGGACAUGUAUAAUUGUUGAAACGAAUAAUUGUUACUUUUAACCUCAGAGACUUCAGUACACACUGGAAGCAGAUAAUACAGUAGUACCAUUAAGCAAUGAAGUACAUAUUGCAUGUUUUUAAUGUUUAAAUAAUAGUGUAAAUACCUUUGAUAUUCCUGCACAUCCAACUGUUAUAAAGUCUCAUCUAGAACUAUCCAUAAUGAUUAAAUAAUGUUUAUGAAAGUGUAUGAAGUUUAUGUACUGAAGUUCAUGGAAAACCUAUUGCCAGAUGCACACAUCAUAUUCUACCAUAUCCUGAAACAUACUGUACCACAACAUUAGGUAUUGUGAUAUAAUAUAGUUUUUUUGUGACUUAUUAUUUAUUAUUUUAGGAUUGCUGUUACCAAUAAAGCAUUUUCUAUACUCUUAAGUGCA